AUGAGAGUUGCCGAGCUGCUGUCGGACUUGACCUCUCUACAAGUCUGCGAUCCUAAUGCUGCACUUGCCCUGGUAUCCACACGACCAGAACCUUCUCCUGAGCAGGGCAAUGGCACCACAGAGAGCAAGGAGAUUGAGGAUUCUGAUCUGAAACGUGCGAAAGAUCUUCUCGAGCUUCAUGGAACUGUCAAGCUCGCUCAUCAGGAUGGAACAGACAAGGAUCUCAACCAAGCUCGGGAUGCCGUGGCUAGGGUUUUGAGAACGCUUUAA